GCGUGACGCGGGUGCGCGCGCAUCCAGCCGGCAGCAAUGGCGGAGCGCGCGGCGGGCAGGGUUGCGCUGUCCCCCCGGACGGUGCUGAAGUGAAGGCGGCUGCCCGCACGAGCCCGGCGGCGGAGUAGGCGGCGGCGGCGGCGGAGGAGUAGGCGGCGGAAGAGGAGGAGUAGGCGGCGGCGGCCUGAGGAGGGAAGGAUCAGGAGGGAGCGAGGAGCGGCGGCGGCGGCCAUGGAGGGGCAGCCCGACAGCCCGAGCCGGGCGGUGGAGUACCUGCUGGAGCUCAACAACAUCAUCGAGUCCCAGCAGAAGCUGCUGGAGCAGCAGCGGCGCCGCAUCGACGAGCUGGAGCGGCAGCUCGAGCGCCUGAGUCGCGAGAACCGUAGCCUGCGCCGGGCCGGCGGGGAGGCCGAGCGCCCGCCCGCCUCCGCCGCCGUCCCGGCCGCCCCCCAGCCGGCAGGUGGCCCGCUGCCUCCCGACGGCGCCAGCAGCCCCCCGGCCACCCCGCAGAGGAGCAGGGCCGACGUUGAAACAUCGAAAACCAUCAGCGCGGACGCAGACGGCCAGAGCAGCGACUCGGUCACGGUAGUGGAGAGCCCGUGUGGCCAGGCAGCAUACCGGUGUCAGGCGGAGGGGAAGCCUGAGCAGUUCGAGCCGCCCCCGCCCCCCCACAGCCGCCCCCACUGCCCGGAGCUGCAGUGGGCCCAGCGGGCAAGGCACCAGCCCGCCAGCCUCGCCCUCCGCAAGCAGGAGGAAGAAGACGCCAGCAAGAGGCCCAAGUCCCUCUCCGACAGCUAUGAGCUCUCCACGGACCUGCAGGACAAGAAGGUGGAGAUGCUGGAGAGGAAGUAUGGCGGCUACUUCCUGAGCCGCCGGGCAGCCCGCACCAUCCAGACAGCCUUCCGGCAGUACCGCAUGAACAAGAACUUCGAGCGCCUCCGCAGCUCGCUGAGCGAGAGCCGCAUGUCGCGCCGCAUCGUGCUGUCGAACAUGCGGAUGCAGUACUCGUUCGAGGAGUACGAGCAGGGCCACGGCGGCUGCUUCGAGGGCCGGGGGAUGAUGGCGACGAUGGCGAUGGGGCCGGGGCCCGGGCCUGGGCCGGCCAUGUCGGCGGUGAGCCGGGGGCUCGGCUCCCGCAGCCACUCCGAGCGCAGCGACCAGUUCCAGGAGGGCGGCUCCACCACGGCCUCCAGCGACCUCACCAACGAGAUCACCGAGCUGGAGGAGGUCUUCUCCAAGCAAGUCCGCUCGCUCGCCGACUCCAUUGACGACGCGCUGGGCCGGGAGCGCCGGGGGGAGGAGGAGGUGGAUGAGGAAGAGGAGGAGGAGGAGGAGGAGGACGAGGAGGAGGAGGAGGAUGAGGAGAGCCGGACCGAGGCCAGGCGGGUGAAGGCUGAGGACUCCACCACCAGCUACAGUGACGUUACCCUGUACCUGGAGGAAGGGGAGGGCGCCCGCUCGGCCCCCGCCUCCCCGGCCCCCUCGGAGCCCUGGGCAGCGUCCCCCCGGGAGUCGGAGGCCCCCGAGCCGGGCGGCCGGCGGCCAGCCGCCUGCGCCGAAUGCCGCGACUACCGCAAGCGGGCCGCCCACUUGCCCCUGCUCACCAUCGAGCCGCCCAGCGACAGCUCGGUGGACAUGAGCGACCGCUCGGAGCGCGGCUCGCUGGGCCGGCAGCUGGCCUACGAGGCCGAGGCGCAGCCCCCGCUGCCGCCCCUGCCCCUGCCCCUGCCCGUGCCCAUCCACCACCCUCCUCCCCCGCCGCCUCCCCCUCCUCCCCCGCCGCCGCCUCCCCCGCCGCCCGCCCCCCGCCGCCUCGACCCUCCCGGCGAGGCCAGCCGCGACGGCAAGGCCGAGGCCGAGCUCUCGGACGGCGAGAACGACAGCCUGGACAGCACGCUGAACUCCAACGAGACCAUCAACUGCAGCACGGGCUCGUCGUCGCGGGACAGCCUGCCCGAGGCGCCCACCUGCCCCCAGACCUACCUGCGCGAGACCCGACACAGCUGGGACUCGCCAACCCUCAACAACGACGUCUUCCAGCGCCGCCAGUACCGAAUCGGCCUCAACCUCUUCAACAAGAAACCCGAGAAGGGGAUUCAGUACUUGAUUGAGAGGGGCUUUGUGGCGGAUACGCCGGUGGGAGUCGCCCGCUUUAUCCUCGAGCGCAAGGGGCUGAGUCGACAGAUGAUCGGCGAGUUUCUGGGCAACCGGCAAAAACAAUUCAACCGCGACGUGCUGGACUGUGUGGUGGAUGAGAUGGACUUUGGCGGGAUGGAGCUGGACGAGGCGCUGCGCAAGUUCCAGGCUCACAUCCGCGUGCAGGGCGAGGCGCAGAAGGUGGAGCGGCUCAUCGAAUCCUUCAGCCAGCGGUACUGCAUCUGCAACCCAGCGCUGGUGCGUCAGUUCCGCAACCCGGACACCAUCUUCAUCCUGGCCUUCGCUAUCAUCCUGCUCAACACCGACAUGUACAGCCCCAACGUCAAGAUGGAGCGCAAGAUGAAACUGGACGACUUCAUCAAGAACCUGCGAGGGGUGGACAAUGGGGAGGACAUUCCCCGGGAUAUGCUAGUGGGAAUCUACCACCGGAUCCAGAAACGGGAGCUCCGGACAAACGAUGACCACGUCUCCCAGGUCCAAGCCGUGGAGCGCCUGAUUGUCGGGAAGAAACCGGUUCUGUCUCUACCCCACCGGAGACUGGUCUGCUGCUGCCGUCUCUACGAGGUCCCAGAUCCAAACAGGCCACAGAAACCCGGUCUACACCAGCGAGAGGUGUUCCUUUUCAAUGACCUGCUCGUGGUCACCAAAGUCUUUCAGAAGAAGAAGAUCUCAGUGACCUACAGUUUCCGCCAGUCCUUCGCCCUCCACGAGAUGAAGGUUAACCUCUUUCAGAACGCCUACUAUCCCCAUGGGAUCAAGUUGGCCUCCUCCAUUCCCAGCGCCGAGAAGAAGAUUCUGAUCAUAUUCAAUGCCCCCAGCGUCCAGGACCGCACGAGGUUCGCCAGCGAUCUGCGCGAGUCCGUGGCCGAAGUUCAGGAGAUGGAGAAAUAUCGCGUGGAAUCUGAGCUGGAGAAGCAGAAAGGCGUGAUCCGCACCAGCAUGUCGCAGAGCGCCAGCCUGAAGAAGGACGCCCUGAACGGGACACUGACCAGUCUGGACGACACGUACGCCAUGGCGGAAGGUCUGAGGCGCAGUGCGCUCAGCAGCUCCCUACGGGAUCUCUCUGACGCAGGAAAGCGGGGUCGACGGAACAGUGUGGGAUCACUCGACAGCACCAUGGAAGGCUCCAUCAUUAGCACGCCGCGUAUCCAGCAACGGCCCAUCCCCGCCCAGGAGGAUGCCACCAUCCGGCCACACCGCCAGCUCUCCAACUCCGCCUCCUUCCUGGGAUCGCUGUUCGGCGGCCGGAGGGCCAAGCAGACGUCGCAGGCCCAGCCAGUGGCCUCGGGCCCCCACCCUCACCCUCACCUGACUGGGGCCUACCAGCCGUUCUACCAGCUGGCUGGGGGGCAGGCGGACGGGCCGUCCAAGAUCCAGGCGCUGCACGCCCAGUACUGCCAGCCCCCACCGCCUUACUACCACCACCACCGCUUCCACGCCCAGGCCCCCAACCCUCCGCAGCACCCCAGCCUCACCCUCCAGCGUCAGUGCAGGCAGCGGCCCAACCUGCCACCGCUCCUGCCCCGCGCCCAGAUUCCGCACGGCAUCCGCCCACCCAUCAGCUCACCCCAGUCACCCCUGGCCCCCCAUCAGCUACCCACCUACACCCCGCUUGCCGUCGGGCAGCCCAUGCCGCAGUACAUGGCGCAGGGCGCCCGGCCGCACCUACACCUGGUGCAGGCGCACCACGCGCAGUUGAUGCAGCAGCACGCCCACAUGCACCUCCCCCAGCACGCCCUGUCGCAGCAUGCCAUGCAGCAGCACGUCAUGCAGCAGCAGCACCAGGCGCACGCCAUGCAGCCGCCGCAGCAUGCCAUGCAGCAGCACCCGGUGCAUGCCAUGCAGCAGCCGUCGCAUGCGAUGCAGCAGCAGCACCCGGUGCAUGCCAUGCAGCAGCCGUCGCAGCAUGCCAUGCAGCAACAGCAUCCAGUGCAUGCCAUGCAGCAGCCGUCGCAUGCCAUGCAGCAGCAGUCGCAGCAUGUCAUGCAGCAGCAGUCGCAUGCAAUGCAGCAGCACCCAGUGCAUGCCAUGCAGCAGCCACAGCACCCGAUGCAGCCGUCGCAACACGCAAUGCAGCAGCACCCGGUGCAUGCCAUGCAGCAGCCGUCACAGCACACGCUGCAGCACACGCUGAAACACACCCUCAAACAGCACCCGCUCACCCAGCAGCCCCACCCGCAGCCGCCCCCGCCUCCCCAGCUCUCGCCCCACUCGCCCCUCUCGCCCCUGGGGCCCCACUCGCCGCUCAGCCCCCUCACCCCCCUCACCCCCCUCACCCCGCAGUCCCCGCACUCACCGUACUCCCCACUGCUUCCGCUCUCCCCCCUCACCCCUCACCCCCACCCCCACCCGCACAUGUCGCAGCCCUCCAACCAGGGGACGACUGGCAGUAAGGCCAAGGCUGUCAACCGCAUCAGUACGGUGGUGUGAGUGGAGGAGGCAGCUGCCCCAGGAGAAAGCCACCUUCACCCUCCACCCUGCACCCUCCGUCCCGGGGGGGUUGGGAGUACCUGUUCCCCCCCCCUCGGAACCGCCCACCCUUCCCUCCAACUCGCUAAUCCCUCCUCUCCCUCUCGCCAUGCCUGCAGCAACCCCCCUCCCCCCACGGAACGCACGGACUCCAGCGAGAACACUUAUCGAAAUCGCUGGCCGACCAUGGAAAGACAGAGAGACAGAUAUUUAUGGAGACAAAAUGUACAGAUAUAGCAGACAUAUAUUUAAUUGAAAUUAAUAACGAUGCUGUAUAUUUAAGCAGAUAAUAUUUAUUGAAGUUCCUUUUUUGCCAAAUGGGAGGGAGGGGGAGAGCGCUGGCGAGGGCGGGAGAGAGAGAAUUUACGGAUACGAUGCACCACAACAGGCAACAAGGUGGCUUCUGUCUCACUCAGCUCCGCCGACCGGCCAGGGCUUAGCGACCCAGGCAGGGGCGUCCGGCCUGAUCCACACGCCACUCGAGAUCUGCACAGGGCACCGGUUACUGAGGUGUCUCAGACACAGGCCCCUUCCUGUCACUGUGUGGGGGGUGGAGACUCUGUCCACACCAUCCCAUCACACACUCCCGGGGUCAGACAGAGUGAAACUCCCUCCACACUGUCCCAUCACAUAAUCCCAGAGUCAGAUACAGAGUGAAGCUCCCUCCACAUCGUCCCAUCACACACUCCCAGGGUCAGACAGAGUGAAACUCCCUCCACACCGUCCCAUCACACACUCCCAGGGUCAGACAGAGUGAAACUCCCUUCACACCGUCCCAUCACACACUCCCGGAGCCAGACACAGAGUGAAACUUUCUCCUUACUGUCCCAUCACACAUUCCCGGGGUCAGACAGAGUGAAGCUCCCUCCACACCAUCCCAGGGUCAGACACAGAGUGAAGCUCCCUCCACACUGUCCCAUCACACACUCCCGGGGUCAGACACAGAGUGAAGCUCCCUCCACACCGACCCAUCACACACUCCCAGGGUCAGACACUGAGUGAAAUUCCCUCCACACCGUCCCAUCACACACUCCCAGGGUCUGACACAGGGUGAAGCUCCCUCCACACUGUCCCAUCAGACAUUCCCAGGUUCAGACACAGAGUACUACAUCUCUACACUGUCCCAUCACACACUUCCAGGGCAGGUUGGACAGAGGGUAAUGAACCCCCCCCCCCACAACAGUCCUGUCAUGCACUCCUAGGGCAGGAACAGCAUAGGCUGCCAUGUGUAAUCCCGUCACGUUGUCCUGCAACUCAAAAGCAGGAAGGAAGAAGGUUUAGACACAGCAUAAAACUCCCUCAACACUGUCCGAACAAAACCACACGAUCAUCUCCUUCCAACACUGUCCCUCACCUGUGAUCUUUGGCACCGAAAUUGCAGGUUUAUGCACCGUGCAAGAGUUGCAGGCACCUGAGAUUUGUUUAUCUGGUUUCAGAUGGUACGGCCUUCACCGAGGCUGUCUGCCAUUACCCAGAGAGACAGAAGCAAGCGAGACAGCCGAGGUCUGCAGUAGAACUCUGGCAAGUUCUCCAAGAUGCUUGGAACAACCAGCUAGCCAAUUUUCUUAUAAAACUGCACAAUAUAUACCCAAGGGAACUGAUGCCAUUUGAAAGGCAAAGGGAGAUCACACCGAAUAUUGAUUUAGUUUUGUUUUUUUUACUGUUUACUGCUCUUUGAUAUUCAGAAACCUUUCGUUAUCUUGGAAAGCAUCUUCGCUUUACAGAUUUUUUUUAUACAUGUGCCUAAGACUUCUGCACAGUACUGUGUCUGUUCGUUGUGUUCCCUGACUGGUAAACCUGUAGUCCAGGACUCACUGCAGUCCACUCCCCUUCAGUCUGUAGUCAGUUCUACUCGGAGCAGAGGGUAGACUGUAAACUUCAGAAAAUGGGUUUCCACACACUGACAGAUACCCUUUAAUGUACUGGAGUAGAUCAUUCAAAUUGUUGUUGGCAUGACUGGCAAUAAGGUACAAUGUAGAAGUUACAGGAUGGGAUCUAAUUUAGGGUUUCGGGUGGGGGUACAUACAGAAUACCAGAUCCCCACGAGUUGGUCACAGGUCGGGAUCUAAUUCGGCAGCGGGGGGAGGUUAUAUACAAAAUAACAGAUCCCUGGGAGUGGAUUGCAGGCUGGGAUCUGAUCCAGGGGUUUAUAUACAGAAUAAUAGAUCUCCCGGAGUGGGUUACGGACUGGAAUCUAAUCUCAGGGUCUGGGGAGUAACAGUUCUCUGGGCGUGAUCUGCCCCCUCUUUGGAGUGAUUCCUGGUCUCCUAGUGAGCCUGCAGAGUCGAAUCUCCGUCCCUGGUUCGUGGGCCCUCUACGAUUUCCCCCCGCAAACCCACCACCCCCACCUUCCCUCCUCGACAAGGGCAGGCAUCAAGGCCCCAACACCCCAACGUCUCCUCUCUGCCCCCGUGUGCGUUCUGCGGGCUGGAGGGAGGGGCGAGGCGGCAGGAAGCGGGGGGCGCCCCGAAUGAGAGCUCUCCGCCCCUGCCGCCCGUGAAUGACCCUCUGGCAACACGUGUCGGCGCCCCGCUCACUUAUCCCUGCACUUGGUGGUAUUUUGGAGCCGACUGUCGGAAGCCCUGUCGAGUGGUGUCCGUGAGCGCAUGUUACAAAAAGCCUCUUCUGUGGUGUCAACAAUUGCAUGAUAUCAAUCAGGUGACUGAUAGGAAGCCUGUCGGCGAAGUAAUGUGUUACCUAACUUCCCUUGGUUUUUAAUUUUGUGAUUGAACUGACUUCGGUGAUCUGUUUACAUUGUGUGUAUAUACUUAUCUGUAAUAAAGACUUUGAAACCUGU